UUGAAAAUGCUGUUGAAGAAAUCGGAGGCGAAUAAGAUUUUCAUUUUGCUGUAUGAGAAAACUUUACAUUGGUGUUACACUAACAAUUACUUCAACAAAUGAGAAUAUAGUUUGGGUUUUAUAUAUAUAAAAAAAAGUUUUUGUGAGAUAUUCGCCUGGACUUUUGAUCGGAGGAGUAAAAGUUGCAUAAUUUGCAUUCCAAGUUUGCAAAACGGUUUACAAAAGUUAGAAGUCAAGGAACAAAGAUCUUAUAAUGGCAGCAACUCUCGAAAUGGAGAAUGGGGAGAAUCUAUUUUCCCCGGAGGAAGAGGAAGAUGUCGCUAUGUCCUCAGUUGUUAGCAAGGGACAUUUAAUUAGUCCAAAUAAUGAGGAAUACGACAUAAUUGUGGAUAUGAUCAAAGAAAGACUUGAUGAAGGUCAAGGGGAAACAAUUUAUGAAGUUGGAACUGGAGAGGGCGAUGCUCCAGGUCUAUCACAGGAAGAUAUGCAGGCAUCAAUAGCUACCUUGAAAAGCAUAGCAGAUUCCUUGGGUCUAGAAAUGGCCCAGCUGCGUGAGAGAAAAGAAGGAGAGGGUUUGGUGACCGAGUUCUUGCUGAGACGAUCGCUGGAAUUUGAUGACUUUAUGGAAGUGAGAGUGGCAGUUGUGGGCAAUGUAGAUGCAGGAAAGAGUACAUUACUAGGGGUAUUGACUCACGGUGACCUUGACAAUGGGCGUGGCAUGGCUAGACAGAGGUUGUUCCGACACAAACACGAGAUGGAGUCAGGGCGGACCAGUAGUGUGGGCAAUGAUAUCCUGGGAUUUGAUGCCUCAGGAAAUGUUGUUAACAAACCGGACCAUGGAAACCUGGACUGGAUUAAAAUAUGUGAAAAGUCCUCAAAGGUGAUCACAUUUAUUGACUUAGCUGGACACGAAAAGUACCUAAAAACUACAGUAUUUGGCAUGACAGGGCACGCACCAGAUUUUGCCAUGUUAAUGAUAGGAGCUAAUGCUGGUGUGAUAGGAAUGACCAAGGAGCACUUGGGCCUGGCCUUGGCCCUCAAUGUGCCAGUCUUUGUUGUUGUGACAAAGAUUGACAUGUGUCCCCCCAAUGUACUGCAGGAGACACUCAAAAUGUUACAGAGAAUCCUCAAAUCUCCUGGGUGCAGGAAAAUCCCUGUAAUUGUACAAAACACUGAUGAUGUUGUGUGCUCAGCCACUAAUUUCACAUCCGAAAGGAUGUGUCCAAUAUUUCAAGUCUCAAAUGUCAGUGGUGAAAACUUAGACUUAUUAAAGAUGUUCCUGAAUCUUCUAUCAACUCGAUUAAAAUCAGAAACAACAGCGCCAGCAGAAUUUCAGAUAGAUGACACAUUCUCAGUACCAGGUGUUGGAACAGUAGUAUCAGGGACUCUUCUUCAAGGUACCAUUAAACUCAAUGACACUUUACUACUUGGACCUGAUGCACUCGGACAUUUUCAGCAAAUCACUGUCAAGAGUAUACACCGCAAACGUAUGCCAGUGAGAGAGGUCAAAGGAGGUCAGACAGCCUCAUUUUCACUCAAAAAGGUAAAACGGUCUUCAAUACGAAAAGGUAUGGUGAUGGUUUCUCCGAAACUUGAACCUAAGGCAUGUUGGGAGUUUGAAGGGGAGAUCCUUGUGUUACAUCACCCGACGACAAUAAGUGUGCGAUACCAAGCUAUGGUGCAUGUUGGGAGUGUUCGACAGACAGCAACCAUUAUGAACAUGACCAAAGAACAUCUACGAACAGGCGAUAAGUCCAUAGUGAGGUUCCGAUUCAUUAAAAACCCUGAAUAUUUAAAGACUGACAUGCGCAUGGUGUUCAGAGAAGGCAGAACAAAAGCCAUCGGGAACAUUACAAAAUUGUAUCCCCAUGUGAGUGCAGUGGCACAAAACACGCGGCAACAGAGGGCAGCCAAAAAAGCGCAGGAAGCAAACCAUCAGGUCCAUCCACAGAACGAGCCGCAGAAACCCAGCAAAAAAAGGCGCACGCGGAACAGCAGCAAGAACCUAGACAUGGAGGAAUCCAAGGAAAACCUUCCAUCAACAAGCUCCAUGCAAGAAGUGACAGUUCAGUCCUGAUUUCACACUUGUGUGGGGCAUUUACUAGCCUAGUUUCCAUUCAUGUGACAGUUAGCUUAAAGAAGGCUAAAGGUAUACUGUCAGUGCAUGUUUAAUUUUAAGGCAUGCUUGUAAUUUGUAAUUGAAAACAAUUUUUUAGUGUGAAAACCACUCAGUUUCAAUCAAUCAUAUCAACUUUUUAUACUGCAGAAGCUGCAAAAUUCAUUGUUUUCAUUGACAUUGUUAAUGACAAAACAAAAGUGAUGGAAUUCAUCAACAAGAAUGUGGCUGUCUGAACUUUUUUUUCUCCAACAUCUGUCCAUUUGCAGACCAUACAGAUGUAAAAAUUUGCAAAAUUUUAAAAUCCCAAAUUUUUACUGGAAUGUCAUUUUAAAAAAUCAUUUUUAUAUGUAGACUGAUACAGACUUUCGGUGUGUUCAUUAAAAAAGUGAAAUGUA